CUGGCAGGCACCCACACUGCAGAGCUCUGCCCCACGGCAUGGGAAGGAUGUGGGCACCCGCGUCUGGGCCCUGGGGCACAGCAGGGAUCUGCGGCUGUGCUGAGCCAGCCCUGACUGCGCAGCUCAUGGGCUGCAGGGGGGGGGCACACAGGCAGCUGGACCAGGAUUGGGGCCGGGGGCACACCAAGAGGCAGAAGGUGGUGCCAGGAUGCAUCCCAGCCCUGCUUACCCUUCUGCCCCAGGCCAAGGGCAUGUCCGAGGCGGUGAACAGCUCCCUGACCACACACGUGCUGAACACGGCCACGGGGCUGCCGGCCGCCGGCCUUGCCCUCAGCCUGGCCCUGCUGCAGGAGCCGGGGCCGCAGUGGAUGGAGCUGCUGCAGAGGUGCACGGAUGAGGACGGCCGCUGCCAGCUCCUCCUGGCUCCAGGGCAGGCCAAGGCUGGCACCUACAAGCUGCACUUUGACACAGCAGCAUACUGGCAGCGCCUGGGGCACGAGAGCUUCUACCCCUUUGUGGAGGUUGUCUUCAUCAUCACAGACCCGGCCAAGAAGCUGCACAUCCCGCUGCUGAUCAGUCCCUACUCCUACACAACGUACCGGGGGAGCUAGGGGACAAGCACAGCCUUUCUCUCUCAGGGACACAGGUCACUGGGGGGGAAUUAUGCCACCAACACCAUUAAAGGCUUCAAACAGCAA